CCUCUUCCGAUUUCUCAAAAUGACCUUCCGUGUGGUGGCUGGAGAGCACAACCUGAGCCAGAACGAUGGCACCGAGCAGCGUGUGAGUGUGCAGAAGAUCGUGGUGCAUCCCUACUGGAACAGCAAUAAUGUGGCCGCCGGCUAUGACAUUGCCCUGCUGCGCCUGGCCCAGAGAGUUACCCUCAACAACUAUGUGCAGCUGGGUGUCCUGCCAGCGGCGGGAACCAUCCUGGCCAACAACAAUCCCUGCUACAUCACAGGCUGGGGCAUGACCAAGACCAACGGGCAGCUGGCCCAGGCCCUGCAGCAGGCUUACCUGCCCAGUGUGGACUACGCCACCUGCUCCAGUUCCAGCUACUGGGGCUCCACCGUGAAGAGCACCAUGGUAUGCGCUGGAGGAGACGGAAUUCGCUCUGGAUGCCAGGGUGAUUCUGGGGGCCCUCUCCAUUGCCUUGUGAACGGCAAGUAUGCUGUCCAUGGAGUGACCAGUUUCGUGUCCAGUCUGGGCUGUAACGUCUCCAGGAAGCCCACAGUCUUCACACGGGUCUCUGCUUACAUCUCCUGGAUCAAUAAUGUCAUUGCUUCCAACUGAAUGUCUUCCUGAAUCCCAUGGCCUUCCCAAGAUGAUGCUUAGACCCACGAAAGGACUUGAGGCCAUCAAGGAAAAAAAACAUUCUGAGAGGCCAUUGAGCCAGAUCCAGAAAAGCAAAUAAAACUGAAUAUGCAUGAUCA